GGAUUUGGGGGGGGGGUCACAUGGGGUUUUUGGGGGGGUCACGAGGUUUUUGACCCCCCCAAACGUGGCUUUUGCAGCAGAUCGACGGUAACAGAAGAAUAUCGCGUCCCCGACGGGAUGGUGGGACUCAUUAUCGGACGUGGCGGGGAGCUCAACAAGAUCCAGCAGGACUCGGGCUGCAAAGUACAGAUCUCCCCAGACAGCGGCGGGUUACCCGAGCGCAGCGUGUCCCUCACGGCUCCCCCCGAGGCCGUGCAAAAAGCCAAACUCCUCCUGGACGACAUCGUGUCGCGGGGGCGGGGGGGCCCCCCAGGACAGUUCCAUGAGAACGCCAGCCAGAACGGGACGGUGCAGGAAAUCAUGAUCCCGGCCGGCAAAGCCGGGCUGGUUAUCGGCAAAGGGGGCGAAACCAUCAAACAGCUGCAGGAGCGAGCGGGGGUGAAGAUGAUCCUGAUCCAGGACGGUUCGCAAAACACCAACGUGGACAAACCGCUGCGGAUAAUCGGGGAUCCCUACAAAGUCCAGCAAGCCUGCGAGAUGGUGAUGGACAUCCUGCGCGAGCGCGACCAGGGCGGCUUCGGCGACCGCAACGAAUACGGUUCCCGGGUCGGCGGCGGCAUCGACGUGCCGGUCCCGCGGCACUCGGUCGGCGUCGUCAUCGGCCGCAGCGGCGAGAUGAUUAAAAAGAUCCAGAACGACGCGGGGGUGCGGAUACAGUUUAAACAAGAUGACGGGACGGGCCCCGAAAAAAUCGCCCACAUCAUGGGCCCCCCCGAACGUUGCGAACACGCCGCCCGCAUCAUCAACGACCUCCUGCAGAGCCUGCGGAGCGGCCCCCCGGGACCCCCCGGCCCGGGGAUCCCUCCGGGGGCGGGGAGAGGGAGGGGCCAGGGAAAUUGGGGCCCCCCCGGGGGUGAAAUGACCUUCUCCAUCCCCACCCAUAAAUGCGGGUUGGUCAUCGGGAGAGGCGGCGAGAACGUCAAAGCCAUUAACCAACAAACGGGGGCGUUCGUGGAGAUUUCCCGCCAGUUGCCCCCCAACGGUGACCCCAAUUUCAAGCUCUUCAUCAUCCGCGGCUCCCCCCAGCAAAUCGACCACGCCAAGCAGCUCAUCGAGGAGAAAAUCGAGGGGCCGCUUUGCCCCGUGGGGCCCGGCCCGGGGGGCCCCCCCGGUCCCACCGGCCCUAUGGGACCCUUCAACCCAGGACCCUUCAACCAAGGCCCCCCCGGCGCCCCCCCCGCAGUGACCCCGGCGGCCCCCCCCCCCCAUCAAUACCCCCCCCAAGGUUGGGGCAACACUUACCCGCAAUGGCAACCGCCGGCCCCCCACGACCCCAGUAAAACAGCGGCCGCCGACCCCAACGCCGCUUGGGCCGCGUAUUAUUCCCAUUAUUACCAGCAGCCCCCGGGGCCGGUGCGGGGGGGCCCCCCGCCCCCGGCCGCCCCCCCCGUGCAGGGGGAGCCCCCCCAGCCCCCCCCCACCGGUCAGGCCGAUUACACCACCUGGGAGGAAUAUUAUAAAAAAAUAGGCCAGCAGCCCCAGCAACCCGGGGCCCCCCCACAACAGGACUACACGAAAGCCUAGGAAUACUACAAAAAACAAGCGGCGCAAGUGGCAACGGGGGGGUGGUCCCGGGGCCCCCCCGGCCCCCAACCCGACUACAGCGCGGCCUGGGCUGAGUAUUAUCGGCAGCAGGCGGCUUAUUACGGGCAAACCCCGGGGGGGGCGGGGCCCGCGCCCCCCCCCACGCAGCAGGGACAGCAGGCUCAGUGAACCGAAUGUGAACCCCCCGUCUGUGCCCCCCCCUUUUGUUUUUGGCGAGCGGCUGCGAGCGGCCCCCCCCCCCAAAAUAAACCCCCCCACACCCCCCCAAAAGGGUUGGGGGGGGGUAACCACCCCCCCCCACUCUCCCACCCCCCCCCCAAAAAGCCGCCGCACGGAGAAAAACCACCUGAAUCGCCCCAAAAAUCUCCUUGGGGGGGGUCCCUCCGGCCCCCCCAUGUAGGUAGAGCCGAACAUUCCUCGGAGCAACCGGGGGGGCCCCAAAAUCCUGCCCCCCCUCCCCCAAAUUUGGGGCCCCCCCCCGGCCGCUCCCCCCGUGUCCAUUGAGGAAACAGAGACACAAAAAUGGUCGAAAAAGCCUCGAAAACCGUCAAAACCCGACAGAAAACAACAACAACCCGCCAAUUGUACGCUCGAGUUUUUACUUUUUACCGCUUGUUUUUAACUUCACAAAUAAACGAGAACAAAACUCCGA